GAAACCGCUCUGUGUAACUGAUACUUUUGUGAAAGAUAACUUCCUGAAUUGUCCAUGAGAUACAAAAGCACCUUAAAUGUCUAAUGAAAACCUCUUCAAAGGUGCAAUGUAUGCCACAAGCCACGAUGACAAACACACCCAUACAUCAAGUUCAUUGUCAGGCCAGUUUAAAAAUAGCCUGUUUGUUUACUAGGACGAAGUAUAACUCCUCCUGAGGUCUGACAAUCUAUUUGCCCUUCUCUUACUGAACCUUGCUCUUGUCUCCCAAAUUAAGACUCAUGUUCUCGUCUCAAUACAGCACGGCAUGCACUUACAAGAGCACCCAUCCAAAUAUCACAAGGCCACCCCUCCCCCACGCAGCCAUCGCACCUGUGACAGUCUUAUAAAAGCCUUCAUGGUCUUGUUGUAACUGUUUAGUGUCGUUUGAUCCGCUUUCCUGUGCAGAAAAUGGAUACUGAGGCAGGAGGGAAGGCCACAAAUAAAGAAUCUCUUCUGAGACAUCAACGGCACCUGCAGAAACAAAGAGAUGUCAUCGCUUUUAGGAUGAAGAAACUGGCAGCUAAGCAGGUGGAGAUCACCAAAAAGACCAAUGAGGUGAAGAAGAAAAUAAGGAAAAAGUACGAGGAUAUGAGGCGGAUCCUGGAUGAGGAUCUUCGGAUCACGCUGAACCAGUUAGACAUUGAGCACGAGGCCACAGAGAAAUUGGUGGAGGACAGUAUAGAAGAAUGCUACAGCCUCACUCAGGAGCUGGACCAGGAACUGUCCAACACUGGAACCAAAGUGAAAACACAAGAGCCUGAUAUUCAGAGUGCUGCAACAGACAGAAGAAUAACCGAGACCCUGAAGUUGACUGAUCCUGACCUUAUUCAAAUGGACGAGUUCAAGAGCGAACAACUUCUCAGUCUCACCAUCAGCCUGCUGCUAUUUAUCAGAUCCCAGGUUCCUGUCACCAAGAAGCUGCUUCAGAGCUAUGCAGCAGAUGUUGUCCUUGAUGCUGACACUGCGCACCCCAAGCUGAUCAUCUCUCCCACAGGUGACUCGGCCACCUACACAGACAUCUGGCAGGAUGUCCCGGAGACUGAAUCCCGCUUUGAAACCACCCUGAAUGUAAUCAGCCAAGAAGGCUUCAGCGAGGGCCGCCAGUACUGGGAGGUGGAGGUGAGUGGGAAGACAUACUGGGAGCUGGGGCUCACCUACCCUAGUAUCCCUCGCAAAGGCCGUGAAGAGGACUCCUGGCUGGGUCGUGGCAAAGAGUCUUGGUGUGUGGAAUAUUAUAAUGGGGACUACACAGCCUGGCAUGGUGGUGUCCCACAUGAGCUGCCUCUGCUAACAGGAAAAAAGUUCACCCGCAUUGGGGUGUACUGCAGUUUCCCUGGAGGAAUGGUGUGUUUUCUUGGAGCUGACACCAUGACACCUAUCCACUGCUUCUGCACUGGGACGUUCAGUGACACCCUGUAUCAAGCCUUAUGCCCUGGCCAUGACAAUGAAGGCACAAACUGGAAAUCCCUCAAGAUUUGUGAUGCAUCUCGAUCAGCCCCUGUUCUCUGAGGUGGGGCAGGAACACCUCGAGGGGCAGGCAGGGGGAGGAGGAUAUGGUCAGGAAUGUGAUGUUCUGCAGGGCAUGCACAACGACUGUAAUCUGACAUUCUUAACUUUUGGCAGAGAAUCAGCUCUGAGUACUGUACGUGUCAGGCUGCUCUACAUUUUCCAUGAGGAAUUUCAGAAGUGUAUCUCAGGUCAUGCA